UUCUUUGUUACUUCACUUUCCCAAAGUGUAGGAAAACACAGACGACAAAUUGUUAGAGUGAACGGUUUGGCUGCCGUCGAAAUUCAGGAUAAAAACUUCUCUAGUCAAUUCUUUAUUGUUGAUAAUGGAUGAUCGGAACAGUGAGAUAGCUCAGGAUGGUCCCGCUGGCAUGGACCCCGAGGGUGUCAUCGAGUCGACCUGGCAUGAGGUCUACGACAAUUUCGAUGACAUGAACUUGCGCGAGGAGCUGCUGCGCGGCAUCUAUGGCUAUGGUUUCGAGAAGCCAUCGGCCAUCCAACAGCGCGCCAUCAUUCCGUGCGUCAAGGGUCGCGAUGUCAUUGCCCAGGCUCAGUCCGGUACUGGCAAGACUGCCACCUUUUCGAUUGCCAUUCUUCAGCAAAUCGACACGGCCGUGCGCGAAUGCCAGGCUUUGAUCUUGGCCCCCACUCGUGAGUUGGCCACGCAGAUCCAGCGCGUGGUGAUGGCUCUUGGCGAGUACAUGAAGGUGCACUCGCAUGCCUGCAUUGGUGGCACCAAUGUGCGCGAGGAUGCCCGUAUUCUGGAGUCCGGCUGCCAUGUGGUGGUGGGAACACCCGGUCGUGUGUACGACAUGAUCAACCGCAAGGUGCUGCGCACUCAGCAUAUCAAGCUGUUCGUGCUGGAUGAGGCCGAUGAGAUGUUGUCUCGCGGUUUCAAGGACCAGAUCCAGGAUGUGUUCAAGAUGCUGCCCCCAGAUGUGCAGGUGAUCUUGCUGUCUGCCACCAUGCCGCCAGAUGUGCUCGAGGUGAGCCGUUGCUUCAUGCGCGAGCCCGUCAGCAUUCUGGUCAAGAAGGAGGAGCUGACCCUUGAGGGUAUCAAGCAGUUCUACGUGAACGUCAAGCAGGAGAACUGGAAGCUGGGCACCCUGUGCGAUUUGUACGACACUCUGUCCAUCACCCAGUCGGUCAUCUUCUGCAAUACGCGUCGCAAGGUCGACCAGCUCACCCAGGAGAUGUCGAGCCACAACUUCACUGUGUCGGCCAUGCAUGGUGAUAUGGAGCAGCGUGACCGUGAGGUCAUCAUGAAACAAUUCCGUUCGGGCUCGUCCCGUGUCCUGAUCACCACUGAUUUGUUGGCGCGUGGUAUUGAUGUUCAGCAGGUGUCGCUGGUCAUCAACUAUGACCUGCCCUCGAACCGCGAGAAUUAUAUUCAUAGAAUUGGUCGCGGUGGUCGUUUCGGUCGCAAGGGUGUUGCGAUCAACUUCAUUACGGAUGAUGAUCGGCGAAUCCUGAAGGAUAUUGAACAGUUCUAUCACACAACAAUUGAGGAAAUGCCUGCUAAUAUUGCCGAUUUGAUUUAAAUAGUUUCUGUUGAGCCACGAAACAACAAACGCGAGAGAUAGAUCGAGAGAAUCCUAAAUAAAAAUAAAAAAGUGAGUGAGCCAAACAGCGAGAAGAAAAUCGAAGAUCUGAGAGAAAAACUAUUAAACCAAUAUUCAAAGAGAACUUCAAGCUAAAUAUUUUCCCAAACAUCAAUCCAAAAAAGGCAGCAAACAGCAACACCUAUCGACAAGGACAGCAGAGAGAUACAGGCAAACAACACCAGCAGCAGCAGCAAACAUCAACCAAGCAGCAGUCCUCCAGGGCAAAAACACCAUCAUCUAGCCGUGGAGUGGACACGCGCCUCCUCCGCCUUCCAUAGCAAAUUAGUUCUCUCACCUGUGUAACAUCAAUUUUAAAACUGCGUCGUCAACCAGCAGCAACAAAUAUAUAUACAAAUACAUAUAUGAAACAAA